AUGGCAGAAUCAGUUCUCUCUUUUGUGCUGCGUCAACUCUCAACUUUUCUGCGCGAGGAGGGACGACUAUUGGGAGGGCUUCAGCAAGAGGUUCAAUUCAUCAUGGAUGAGUUGGAGCAAAUGAGAGCUUUCCUGCAAGAGGCAGAAGCAAAAGAAGAAGAUGCUCAACCCACGCUCCAACAAUGGAUCAAGCAAGUGCGAGAUGCUGCUUAUGACACUGAGGACAUUCUUGAUGAAUUUGUAGCUCGCUUUGCUCGGCAUGACGCAACAGGAUUCUACGGCUAUGUUCGGAGAAUUUUCAGCUCCAUCAAGAAUUUGAGAGCUCGUCAUCGAGUUGCUAGCCAAAUACAAAGCAUCAAGUCCAGAAUCGAAAGUAUUUCUGCAGGUCAUCAAAGAUACCAAUCCGAAUAUGGUAUCUCUGCCCAAGCGUCCAACUCACUUUCUGCUGUGAACAACACAACAUGGCGCUAUAGCAGAGAUGAUGCGCUGCUUGUGGAAGAAGAUAAAUUAGUUGGCAUUGACCAGCCCAAGAAACAUCUAAUUUCUAAGCUCCUCAAAGGGGAUGAUUACCAACUGAAAGUUGUUUCAGUGGUUGGUAUGGGAGGAAUUGGCAAAACUACCCUAGUGAAAAAAGUCCAUGAGGAUCCUGAAGUUAGAAGACAUUUCCCAGUUCGUGCUUGGGUAACUGUUUCUCAAACAUGUGACUUUCGGGAACUCCUGAAAGACUUGAUUCGGCAGUUGCACAAGGGAGGGGAGAAACCAGUCCCACAAUCGAUCGAGUCUUCGAAUACCACCGAGCUGAAAGAAAUUAUGAAAGAUUUUCUUCAACAAGAUGGAAGAUAUGCAAUUGUUUUUGAUGAUGUAUGGGACGUGGAAUUUUGGAAUACCAUCAAAUUUGCACUGCCCGAGAGUCGCCGUGGCAACCGUGUCAUGCUAACAACUCGAAGAGCUGAUGUAGCCUCUGCCUCUUGCAUUGAAUCUCGGCGUUUUGUCUACAGGAUGGAGCCACUAUCAGUUGAGGAUUCGAGGACCCUGUUUUGCCCCUGGCCAUUUGAUGGAUGUUGCCAAAGUGGGUUUUUGGCUUCGAAAGAUGUAAACAGAAUAGAUGAAUGGGAGAUGGUUCGACGCAGCCUUGGGGGUGAAUUAGAAGGCACGGGUAAGCUGGACAGAGUUAAAAAGAUACUCUCUCUCAGUUAUAAUGAUUUGCCUGGGCAUUUAAAGACGUGUCUGUUGUACACAAGUAUCUUCCCAGAGGAUCACAAAAUAGCAUGCUCAAGACUAAUUAAUUUGUGGAUUGCUGAAAGGUUUGUGGAAUGGAGAAAAGAUAUGAGUAUUGAAGAUGUAGCCUUGGGUUAUCUCAGUGAACUCGUCAACAGAAGCCUAAUUCAAGUGACUAAGGUGUUUUACGAAGGAACACCCAGCGAUUGUCGAAUCCAUGACCUAUUGAGAGAAGUUAUUCUUCUUAAGUCAAGGGAACAAAACAUGGUCACAGUUACUACUGGACAACCAAUGAUGUGGCCAUCCGAGAAGGUACGCCGUCUAGUAGUCCAUAGUAGUAGCAGUAACAACACCCAGCACCACCAACAAAGACGAAGUUAUUGCUUUGACCACCUCCGGUCAUUCGUUACAGUUGGAUCCACAGACCCGUUACUAUCCAAAACAUUGUUAUCUGAAGUUUUAGGGAGCAGUAAGCUGUUAAAGGUUUUGGAUUUGAGAGGUCAAGAGACACAAGAGGAAAUACCAAAUGAGAUUUUCAACUUGUUUCGUCUCCAGUAUCUGAAUCUAUGCGGUACAAGAGUGGAGAGAGUUCCGAACGCCAUUGGAAAGCUUCAACAUUUGGAGUAUCUGAAUUUGGCUGACACAAGAGUUAGGGAAUUACCCAUGGCAAUCCUAAAGCUGCAAAAACUUCGGUUUCUCAAAGUAUAUCAACAAGUUGAUUCUUCCGAUGAUGAUUAUGGAUAUCAUGGGUUUAAAGCUCCCUCAAAUAUGGGAGGGCUUCUUGCCCUAGAAAUAUUACACUCCAUAGAUGCAAGUAGUGGAUCCACAAUAAUCAAGGAGAUAGGAAAGCUGUCCCAAUUAAGAGAGCUAUAUAUUACAAAGUUAAGAAAAGAAGAUGGAAAGGAGCUCUGCUCCUCCCUUGCCAACCUCACCAGUCUUCGGGAAUUAAGCGUUGCUUCAAUUGGAAAAGGUGAUGAUUAUGAGAUAAUCGAUUUAAAUCAUCAUCAUCCUUCUCUUUCUUCUUCUUCUUCUUCUUCGUUUCUUCAAUCUCUUCGUAUGCUGAUUUUGCGUGGCCGCUUAGAAAAAAUGCCACAAUGGGUAGCUCAUCUUCACGGCUUGGUGAGAAUAGAUUUGGAUUGGAGCAGGUUAAGGGGCGAGGAGGAUCCGCUUGAAUCCCUCCAACAUUUGCCCAAUUUGGUUAGUAUUAAUUUGUGUGGAUCUUACCAGGGAGAAGGGCUGUGUUUCAAGGCCGGAGGGUUCCUAAUGCUGAAGAGGUUGCACUUAAAGAGAAUGGAAGCGUUGAGAUGGAUGAGAGUGGAGGAGGGUGCAUUGCCUCGUCUCCAAAAACUAUUUCUGCAACAACUUCCAUUACUAGAGGAGUUACCUUUGGGUAUUCAACACUUGAGUAAUCUUCAACGGCUGUCUCUGUAUGAGACGAGUUCUCAAUUGAGAGAGAAGGUGUUAGAGAAUCAGAAGGAGGAAACUGAAGAUUACACAGGAAUCGCACACAUUCCUGAAAUUCUCAUUGGUUACUAUACAGAUGAUAGGAAAUGGAGGCACCGCAGCCUGUGGGCGAAGAAGAAGAUAACAUAA